CACUCUCACCACCGUGGUCUCCAUAUCCCAACAAAAACGAAAUCUUCUCUGCAGCAGAGUUCGUCGAUUUUCUCUGAAGAUGUCAGGGCGGGGCAAGGGCGGCAAGGGAUUGGGCAAGGGAGGAGCCAAGCGGCACCGGAAGGUUCUCCGAGAUAAUAUCCAGGGGAUUACGAAGCCGGCGAUCCGGCGUCUGGCUAGGAGAGGCGGCGUGAAGAGAAUCAGCGGUCUCAUCUACGAGGAGACUCGCGGCGUUCUCAAGAUCUUCCUGGAGAAUGUCAUUCGCGACGCCGUUACCUAUACGGAGCAUGCUCGGAGGAAGACGGUGACCGCCAUGGACGUCGUCUAUGCGCUGAAGAGGCAGGGCAGGACUCUGUACGGCUUCGGAGGUUAGGCUUAGAGCCGUAGUGUCUGGCCUAGAGUUUGUUGAUGUAAAAACGGUAGUGCUAGGGUAGUGUAAUGGCCUGGAAUUUGAUGUUCCAGUUGAAUGAAAUUAGAUCUCGUUUUGUGUUGGAAGUUGAUUCCUUCAAGAGAGAUUGCGUGGUGGAUUUCGAAUCAAUCAUUGGUAGAUUUCUCUGCUUGUUGAUUCAUGCUUCUGUAGAAAUCAAGUUCAAUUGUGGAUUCAUAUUUGCAUAGAAAAUCGGGUUGCAGAAAUGGAGAAAGCUGAUGGCGAUUGAUCGGUU